CAAUUUAUAAUUAGAACUUUAUACUUACUCUUUUUUCCUAAAUUUGCUUUGGGCGCUUCACGCCAAAAAAAUAAUUUUCAUUUUUUCUUUCAUCAAUCUUAAUUAAAAUCUCUUUGGCGAUUUACGCCAAGGGGGGGCAGUAAUGUUAACGUACCCUUAAAUAAAAUCAUCGACGAAAUAAUGUUUGGCAUCACCAAAUAUUUUUUCGUCGAUGAUUUUGUGGCGGGCAGUUGGCUGCCCUUCCUUUCUUUUUUUUCUAUUUCAACCAUUCAAUCUUGAAUGGCAUUCUUUCUCGAACAUUCAUCGGCACAAGUUCGCCCCAUCUUUUUUUUGUUUGUAAAAAAAAUUAAAUUAUUAAAAACCCAACAAUUAAAAUAAAACAGAAAGCAUUAACAAAAAAUUUAAAUAAAAGUUGUUUUUAUUAAACAAGAAACAAAAGGGAUAAGAACAACACAACAAGAAGAGAAAUAAAAGAAAAAAAAAAACAACAAAAAAUAUAACAUCCAUCAUCAAGUCGAAGUAGCAGUCGCAGCCGAAGCCGCAACCACCAUAAGUAAGUCGUUCUCGCAACCCAGGUCUGAUUCUGGUCAGAACAAAUAGUUUAUUUUUAAUUUUGAAUUGAAAUUUUUUGCCGGACUGCGAAAGUGCGAGAGUGUAACGUUAGAAAAUGGCGUCACUUUUUUGUGGUGGCUGCCAUGGUUCAUCGAUCUAUAAGACGUUAUCACGUCAAAAAAAAAAAAACACCCUUUCACUCAAGACAAUUUUAUAGUUUCUUUAGAUUCUUAGUUCUUAUAAACAAACCAAACUUUUUCAUCAAGUUUGAAAAAUUAACCAAAUUUAUGUCAGCUUUUAUGAUACCUUUCUCACACAUAAUUCAACUCAUCAAAAAAAAUGGGUGUAUAAGAGGCUGUGGAACGUGUGAUUCAGUGAUGCACUUUAUUAUUAAAAAUCAAAAGUUUUACUCAAAAAUAGUUUUCCUUUAAAUAAAAAUAAUUUCUUGCACCAGGUAAUACAAUUUAGACACUUUGGCAUGUUUACAAAAAGAAAACGAAAAAAGUUUCUAAAAAUACCUUUUUGGCAUAUUUGUUGCAUCUAUACAACAUAAAAACAUUGCUGCAUUGUUUAACAACAAUUGUGGGGAUUUUUUCUUGUGGUAAAGUUCUAUCACGAUUCACGAUUAAUUCUAAGCGACGACGACGACACUACGCUGCAUCGGAUGAAUUGGGAUGUAAAAUUAACAUUCUUGACUUGAUAAUGCCAGUGAAGAAAUAUGAUAUUCAGCUAUCAGAAAAGAGAAACCAAAUCCCAACAAAAAUUCCUACACAUAGAAAACUCGAAGAUGAACCUCCUACGAAAUGUACUGAGAGCAACAAAAUCACUGAAGAUGACUGUGCAAAAAAUCUCAAAUAUUUUCAAUUGUAUCGAUUUUCAACAAUUACCGAGAAGCUUCUUAUCGCACUUGGUUUAAUACUAUCGACACUUUCUUCCUUUGGAAUUCCAUAUUCUCUGGUGAAUGGUGGUGAAUUUCAUUUGCUACUAAUCGAAAGGCACACUCGCACAGGAACAUCAUCCGAAACGUCGAUUUUGAAGUUAUUCGGAGGUGGAAGAAUAUUAACUAAUGCAAGUAAAGAAGACAACAUGUCAGCACUCAAAGAAGAUGCUUUAGCAUUUUUUAUAGCAAGUCUUAUAGGAGCUAUUUUGGAAUGGAUUUUACUUGCUGCUUCUGUCGAUAUUUUUAAUAGAAUCGCUGUUAAACAGAUCAAUCGGAUACGAAAACAAUUCCUUGCCUCACUUCUUCGUCAAGACAUAUCCUGGUAUGAUACAACUUCGGACAGUAAUUUUGCCAGCAAAAUGACAGAAGACCUUUCAAAACUGAAAGAAGGAAUUGGAGAAAAAGUUGCCAUAUUCACCAAUCUCAUUAUGAGUUUCGUUAUUACCAUGAUUUUGUCAUUUUUCUUCAGUUGGAAUCUAAUUCUCAUUAUAAUGAUUUGUUGUCCCAUUAUCAUCAUUUCAACAAUUUUUGUUGAAAAAAUUCAAAGCACCCUCACAGAGAAAGAACUGAAAAGCUAUUGUGAAUCAAGUUCAAUUGCUGAAGAAGUGAUCGGUGCAAUUCGAACAGUUUUUGCAUUUAGUGGAGAAAAGAAAGAAAUUGAUCGCUAUAACCAGCAAUUAGUAUCAGCUGUUAAAGCUGGCCAUCGUAAAGGUCUCUAUUGUGGAAUAUGUGCUGGGACCAUGUGGAUUGUAAUUUACAUUUGUUUCUCUAUGGGUUUAUUCUAUGCAGCGAAGUUGGCAAUUUCCAAAGGAAGUAAUGAACCUCCAGCAGUUUUAUUGGCUCUAUUAUUGGGCAUUAUUUUAGAAGCUCAAAGUGUUGGUUUCGCAAUGCCACAUUUGGAAGCAUUUGGAGUAGCAAAAAGUGCUGCCAAAUCGAUAUUUUCAAUAAUAGAUCGAAAGACUGCUAUUGAUCCUUUCAGUGAAGAAGGUUUAAGGCCUGAGAAGUUCAAGGGAACAAUUAAGUUUGAUAAAGUUCAUUUUAAGUAUCCAUCUCGAGCGAAUGUAAACGUCUUGAGAGGUCUUACUGUAUCAAUUAAAGCUGGUCAAACAGUGGCUUUUGUUGGACCCUCCGGUUGUGGGAAGACCACCUGUCUUCAAUUGCUUCAAAGAUUCUACGACCCUGAAGAAGGGUCUGUGGAGUUGGAUGGAUUCGAUGUUCGAAAAUUAAAUAUAGGCUGGUUGAGGUCUCAAAUAGGAGUUGUAGGCCAAGAACCUGUACUGUUUUCAGCUUCGAUCGAAGAAAAUGUUCGAUACGGAAAUCCUUUGGCUACUUUUGAAGAUAUCGAAGAAGCUUGCAAACAAGCUUAUUGUCAUGAUUUCAUAGUUAAACUUCCUAACGGGUAUCAAACAAUGGUUGGAGAAAAAGGUUCUACACUUUCCGGAGGUCAAAAACAGAGAAUAGCUAUAGCUAGGGCAUUGGUUAAAAAUCCAAAAAUAUUACUUCUUGAUGAAGCCACUUCGGCACUCGAUCCAAAUAACGAAAAAUUAGUACACAAAGCUCUAGAAGCUGCUCGAAAAGGUAGAACAACUCUUAUGGUAGCUCAUAGACUUGCGACAGUUAGAAAUGCAGACUUGAUUGUUUUUAUUAAGGACGGGACUGUCAUGGAGCAAGGAAGUCACGAAGAACUGAUUAAACUAAAAGGCUUUUAUUUUGGAUUGAUGAAUGCCUCGGAAAGAAGCUACGAGACUUGGAAGCCCCAAGAAAAAGAGUCAUCAACUACGCCAAAGAACCUUGAUUCGGAAGUUUUAGAAAAAGUUAAGCUUCCAGAAAAGGAAACUCAAGCCGGAAGCAAGUACUUCUUCAAGAAAUUUGUGAACCUCAAUUCUCUAGAAUGGAAAUACCUCUUCGUUGGGUCUUUAUCUGCCAUAUUACAGGGAUCAACUGGAGUAGUUUGGGCAAAUUACUUUGGGGAAUAUAUUGGGUUUCUGUCCAACAUAGAUAACGGUUUUGAGGAGAAAUCCAACACCAUCGUCAUGGUUUCGAUUGGAAUUGGAAUCCUUGCUGGUUUGGCUAGCUUUCUUCAGAUUUAUAUGCUGAAUAUAGCUGGUACAAAUCUUACGUCAAGACUCCGACAGAUGGCGUUCAAAUCGAUUGUUUCACAGAAUGUGGAAUACUUUGAUGAUCAAAAAAAUUCUGUUGGAGCUUUGUGUUCCCGUUUGAGUGGGGAUUGUUCCAGUGUUCAAAGGGCUACUGGAUCACGACUUGGAAUAGUGAUUCAAUCAGGUGCAACACUUAUGAUUGCCACAAUUAUGUCAUUGGUACUUUCUUGGAACCUUACCUUAGUCACUCUUGUAAUGAUUCCUUUUGUAAUUGGUUCGAUUUUAUUUGAAUCAAAUUACACAGAGAAAAGUUCUGAAGACGAAAGGUUAGCUAUGGAAAAGGCUUCUCAAAUUGCAGUCGAGUCAGUAGCAAGCAUACGAACUAUAAAUAGUUUGGGCCAGGAAAAGUAUGUUUUGGAACGAUAUACCAAGCUGAUUGAUUUAGCUGAUGAAGCUUCAAGACAGAAAACCCGUUUCCGAGGUAUUGUUUUUGGAUUUGGAGAUGCGGCACAAUGUAUCGUCUUUGGUAUAUCACUGUUCUAUGGUGGUUUAAUGGUUGCAGAUGGUAAAAUGGAGUUUAAAAAUAUAAUCAAAAUUUCUGAGGCCCUGCAGUUAGGAACUUGGAUGUUGGGACAGGCAUUUGCCUAUGCGCCGGAUUUUAAUGAAGCUAGUAUAUCAAUGAAAAGGCUUCUGAAACUUUUUGACCUCACCUUAAAUCGAUUAAACUCGCCGGAGAAACGAAAGAUUGAAAAUUCUAACAAACAAUUCGACAUCAGUUACAAGAAUAUUGGUUUUCACUAUCCAACUCGAAGAAUGAAUCCAAUUUUGCAGGAAUUCAACCUCAAGAUAUCGAAAAACUCUACCGUAGCUUUAGUUGGUCCAUCAGGUUGUGGGAAAUCAACUUGUAUUCAAUUAUUACUUCGUUACUAUGACCCCACUUCUGGAUCUUUAACCUUUAACCGAGUGCCAACACAUGACUAUCAAAUUGAUACUCUUAGAUCACAAAUUGGUUUUGUAUCUCAAGAACCAGUACUUUUCGAUCGGACUAUAGCCGAAAAUAUUGCAUAUGGUGAUAACUUUCGUGAAACCAUUCCAAUAAGUGAAAUAAUUGAAUCAGCUAAGAAGUCGAAUAUUCAUGAUUUUAUUGUAAGCUUACCACAAGGCUAUAGUACGUCACUUAGUAGCAAAGGAUCUCAACUUUCAUGUGGACAAAAACAACGAAUAGCUAUAGCUAGAGCUUUUAUAAGGAAUCCUAAAAUAUUGAUAUUGGAUGAAGCAACAUCUGCAUUGGAUAUGCAAAGUGAAAAAUUAGUUCAAGAGGCUUUGGAAGGGGCUAGUUGUGGAAGAACUUGUAUAAUGAUUGCACAGAGAUUGGCGACGAUACGAAAUGCAGAUAUGAUUUGUGUAGUAGAAAAUGGGCGGGUAAUUGAACAAGGGACACAUGAGGAACUUGUUCAAUUGAAAGGCAGUUAUGCAGAACUCUUGAGUUUGCAGCAAUAAAAAUCUUUUUUUAAGAAUAAAAGCUU